CACAUUCAGUUCCGGGCGAGCAUCGAAGAACUGGUUGGAGUUCACUAGCUUAUAUUAUUUUUUGCCUCGCCACCACUAAGCCGUCUGUUGCCCGUUGGAGUCUAGGGUGGAGGCGUAGCAGACAGUACACCCUCAGCCGGUGCCGUCAUCGCGUCGUCGUUCUGUCGCUCCGUAGUCCCUCGCUGAUCGUAUUUUGAUUAUCGUGGUGCAUAAAUCAAUUUGCAUUCGUCCGUGCUUCGGCGAAGAGGCUACUUUCGGAUCUGCCAGCCUCGUAACGGGAGGCCAUUUUUCACGCGCUACUUAAUUCAAUUUCCACUCCGGAUCGGCAAUAAUGAUCCCGGAAUCGAUGGCAAGGAUUUGCUGGUUGGCCAUUAUUUUCUCAUUAACGGCCCAGGCGGAGGAUCCGGUACAAAGCCGCCUGGAAGGUGACGGUACAACCCCCAACAGCACCAUCAGCAACGAUGAUGAUAAAUUAUCGGUGACCGUGUACUACGAAGCCCUCUGCCCGGACAGCGUGUCAUUCAUCUCAUAUCAACUGGUGCCGGCCUGGGGUCGCUAUCGGGAUCAGAUGGAUCUUAAGUUGGUUCCGUUCGGGAAAGCCUAUAUCGAAGACACCAACCCUCCUCGAUACCACUGUCAGCAUGGUCGAACAGAAUGCGCCCUUAACAUCAUGCACGGUUGCGUGCUGAAUAAUUUACCUUUCGAGAAGGCCUUUCCGGUGAUCGGCUGUCUGAUGGAAAGUAUGCGAUCCUCAUUCAAUACAUGUAUGGAACAAAAUCAAGAGAAAAAGUCCACAAUUACAGCCUGUUCCCGUGGAGCAGAAGGUGCGGCCCUUUUCAAACGCUUUUCCGAUGAAACAAAUCGCGUUGCCACUCCACUGUCAUUCGUUCCAACCAUCGAGGUGGAUGGGAAGUACGAUAUCUUCGAACAGAACGAAUGGCUGCACCGGUUCGAUCGAACCUUCCGGCAGGAGUACGCGAGAAAAUUCCAGAAGACAUUGUAGCGCGGCAAUUAUUCAGAACAGUUAUUAUUUCCUCCGAAAAUACAUUCACUGACUCUAUAA